UAAUUAUCGCGUUUUAAUUGCAAUUCCUCCUCUCUCUCAUUUCUUUCUUCUGUUCGGUUCUGUUCUGUCCCUCGUUUUUUUUUUCCCAAGAAAAUUGAGGGAAGGUCGGAGAAGCUUCUACGAGGCCGAGACCCCAUCUUUGCGUUUCCAUGACUUCAUCAGAUUUUGCAUUAGCAAUUCCUGCAGAGCUCGAGUCAGCUUUAAGGCUUAAGACGUCACAGUACUUAUUCACUCAGAGGCCGUGGCUUGAUCUUUAUGGAAUUAAUGUUAGGCCUGUCACGCCAUUUGGAAUUAGAAAGCAAUUUGUUGAUCCUGCGCUCAUUCAUCGUUAUCUGCCAGAUGAGUUGCUCUUUGAGGUCUUUGCACGAAUGGGUCCAUAUGAUUUAGGAAAGGCCGCCUGUGUUUGUCGAAAAUGGAAAUAUACAAUUCGGAACCCUGUAUUUUGGCGCAAUGCUUGCUUAAAGGCUUGGCAGCUCUCUGAAGUGGUGGAAAACUAUAAGAUUGUGCAAUCAAAAUAUGAAGCUUCAUGGAGGAAAAUGUGGCUUUUAAGACCAAGAAUACGUACAGAUGGCCUAUAUGUGAGUAGGAACACAUACAUUCGUGUUGGAGUUGCAGAGUGGAGGGUCACAAAUCCGGUUCAUCUGGUCUGCUAUUACCGUUACUUGCGAUUUUUUCCUUCUGGAAAAUUUCUUUACAAGAAUUCAUCUCAAAAGGUCAAGGAAGUAGUGAAAUGCAUGAACUUUCGUGCACCUAAAGGAGAUGGUGUUUUUAGGGGCCAUUACACAUUGUCAGAUGACCAGGUUGAAGCUGCUGUGCUGUAUCCAGGCAGGCGCCCUACUGUGUUGAGAAUUCGCUUGAGGUUAAGAGGCACAACAACUGGGGCUAACAAUCGGUUGGAUUUAUGCUCUCUUGUUACAAGUGGGGUUACGGAUAAUGAAUUUAAUACCCAUGAAGAGGACAUCCUCGGUAUCGUAGAACAGUGGCAGGAAGAUGAGACACAUAAUCCAGAUGUCCCUGCAGUAUCACAUAAGAAAGGUCUAGCACCUUUUGUCUUUGUUCCAUUUGAAGAGGUGGAAACAUCAGUUCUGAAUCUACCCGUGGACAAGAUGGAUUACUAUGUUCCCGGCUAGAAUCCUAAAGCAGGGUAUGCUCAUUCUGUAUAUAUAUAUUAUUACGUACUACAAGCCAGGGUCGUUUUCUCCGUUUUAGUUUGUAUAGUGAGAAAAAAGAGAGUAAAAUUGAUGGCGACGCCGUCAAAGAAUUGAUGACUUAGUUUUCCUUUGCUGUUGUUGAUUAUGGUCUCCACCUUCAUCUUUUAAGAACGGUAUGUAUUGGUUUGGUUUGUGUGUGUAUGUGAAGUGAUGUAAUAUGUUUCCAUAGCAUGUAUAUCCAAUGUUCAGUGACCAGGUUUCUGUUCAAACAGUUACACUUAAUGCCGUGAGAUUCUUAUA